AUGCCCCUAGGUCUCCUGUGGCUGGGCCUCAGCCUGCUGGGGGCCUUGCACACCCAAGCCCAGGAUUCCACCCCCAACCUGAUCCCGGCCCCACCUCUGUUCAGGGUCCCGCUGCAGCCCAACUUCCAGGCUGACCAGUUCCAGGGGAAGUGGUACAUCGUAGGCUUGGCAGGGAAUGCACUUAAGAAGGAAGAACAAGGCCAGUUUAAGAUGUACGCCACCACCUACGAGCUGAAAGAAGAUCGCAGCUACAAUGUCACCUCCACCCUGCUCAGGGAUGAGCGCUGUGACCACUGGAUCAGAACUUUUGUCCCAAGUUCCCGGCCCGGCCAGUUCACCCUGGGCAAUAUUAAGGGCUUCCCCGGGGUGCAGAGCUAUACCGUGCGAGUGGCGACUACCGACUACAACCAGUUUGCCAUAGUGUACUUCAAGAAGGUUUACAAGAACCAGGAGUACUUCAAGACCACCCUUUACGGGAGGACCAAGGAGCUGACCCCUCAACUAAAGGAGAACUUCAUCCACUUCGCCAAAUCCCUGGGCCUCACCGAUGAGUACAUCCUCUUCCCUGUCCCAAUCGGUAAUGGCCAGCUGGGGAGAGGAAAGGGGGAUGUGGGGACUAUCCAGGCCUGAUGCUGC